AUGCUGCGCACUAAACUGACCUUACUUUACACCACCUCGUCUCGGCUGACCCGACUAGAUCCCAGAGAAUGUACCCCGCCGCCACCGACGCAAUUGCUGACAAUAGAUGAUAUCUUCCCCCGACUCGACGAGCCUCCACAGUUGGAGAUUCUACGGAGUCACCUUUUCGGCGAGGGACGUUUAACAGAGAAGGCGGCCCUGAAGAUCAUCGAGGAGACUGCGGCGAUUUUCAAGAGCGAGAACAACCUUAUUGAACUCGAGGCACCCAUUACUGUCGAUGUUGGUAACCCGUAG